AUGAACUUUAUCCGAUCCUUUUUCACAUCCGCAGCAAGACUCAGUCCCGAAGCAAAAAUGGCCAACGUCAAGGAAGUCGAGCGCAUCAUCAACAACAACAACGUCGUGGUCUUCUCCAAGACGUGGUGCCCCUACUGCAAGGCUACCAAGGCCGCCCUCAACGAGAUCAAGGCAAACUACGAAGUCGUCGAGCUGGACAACCGAAACGACGGUGACGACCUCCAGGAUGCCCUCCUUGAAAUCUCCGGCCAGCGAUCCGUCCCCAACAUCUUCUUCGCCAAGCAGCACGUCGGCGGAAACUCGGACCUGCAGGAGCUCAAGAAUAACGGCACGCUCAAGAGCCGUCUCGAGGAGGCCGGCGCAUUUGCGUAA